CUAAAAUCCACCUCCUCCGCUGUCUGUCGUCAACACGUGUGUGGCCAACAAUUCUCUCCUCUGGAUUCUGGAUUACGUUACUGUAUAUGUCAAAUUUUCUUUUGGAGAGAUCACACAAGUUUAAACAUGCCGAAGGUUCGAGCAGAGAAGAAAACUAGGCAGCAUCAAGAGGUCAAAAACCAAGGGAUCAUGUUCAAUACGGGCAUUGGUCAGCACAUCUUGAAAAACCCAUUGGUAGUCAAUGGGAUCAUCGAAAAGGCAGCUCUAAGGCCGACAGAUGUGGUGUUGGAGGUAGGGCCUGGAACUGGAAACAUGACAGUUAAACUACUGGAGAAAGCUAAAAAGGUGGUAGCUUGUGAGUUGGAUGGCCGGCUGGUGGCAGAGCUUCAGAAGAGGGUACAGUGCACACCUAUGCAAACCAAACUACAGAUAUUGGUGGGCGACGUCCUAAAAACAGAGCUUCCUUUCUUUGACGUAUGUGUGGCCAACUUGCCUUAUCAGAUUUCGUCACCUUUCGUUUUCAAGCUGUUGCUGCAUAGGCCAUUUUUCAGGUGUGCAGUGCUGAUGUUCCAGAGGGAGUUUGCCAUGCGUCUGGUUGCCAAACCAGGAGACAAGCUUUACUGCAGACUGUCCAUCAACACCCAGCUUCUGGCACGUGUUGAUCACUUAAUGAAGGUGGGGAAGAAUAAUUUUAGACCCCCUCCAAAAGUGGAAUCAAGUGUUGUUCGAAUAGAGCCCAAGAACCCCCCACCUCCUGUCAACUUCCAGGAAUGGGAUGGCCUUGUCAGAAUUGCAUUUGUGAGGAAAAACAAAACACUCAAUGCAGCUUUCAAGUCCACAGCAGUUGAGCAGCUGCUUGAGAAGAACUACAAGAUCCAUUGUUCUGUCCACAACGUGGAAAUCCCAGCCGACUUCAGCAUCACUAAGAAGAUUGAGAGUGUCCUGCAAGUGGCAGAGUUCAGUGAGAAGAGAGCCAGGUCCAUGGAUAUAGACGACUUCAUGGUACUUCUCCACGCUUUCAACUCAGCUGGAAUUCAUUUCUCAUAACCGGCUGAAGACGCAAGACCACACAACAAAGCCAUCCUGAGUCAAAUGGAACAAUCAUUCUUUUUCUUAUUGGACAGAUGAGAUUGAGAUAGAAUGACCCACCUGCCUUAGAACCCUUACCUUAUGUAAAAGAAGCUGUCAAUGAAUUAACAGAAGUGAUCUAUGCGUAGAUUAAGUGUACAUAUGUAAUAGAUAAGAGGCAAUGUGUACAGCUGUGCUAUGAAGUGAUACAGGUAUAUGGUCAGUGUGAUGACAGUUACAGAUUGAAUAUCCCUUCCUGCUGUCUGGGUCAGAGAACCUGAGUCUGAAUAGCUUUUGGGGACUGUGACUCAGGCAGUGAAUGCUGAGUCUCAAAUGUCAUUUUUACAUGCAGUGAUUUGUGAUGCAUGUAAUUGCUUAACCUGUAUCAGAGACACAUGUUUAUUAAAAGACCCUGGGUUGA